AAAAAAAAAAGGAAAAAGAAAACAGAAAAAUCCUGUCUGCUCAGCUCCUGGCCUCCACAAGACCACAGCACAGAGCGCCAAGCGAACGCAAUCUUCCGGCCGACAACGGAUGGCACUGCUAACCAACACCCUGCCAAACCCCCCCGCCCCCGGCCUACCGCCGCACUCACGGCCGCGCAGAAUCUUCUGUUCCAACUGUUUUCCGGCAACCAAGUUUAAGAGGCCGUACACGAGCGUGAUGAUAGUGCCAACAGGGAUAGGCGCUUCCAUUGGUGGCUUUGCCGGCGAUGCUCUCCCCGUUGCUCGUGCUCUUGCCUCCGUCGUUGACUGUCUUAUCUCACACCCUAAUGUUCUUAAUGCAGCAAUGUUGUACUGGUCAAUGCCAAAUGUUUUGUACGUUGAGGGUCAUGCUCUUGAUCAGUUUGCAGAAGGUUUGUGGGCAUUAAAACCAGUGCAUCAAAACAAGGUGGGAUUGGUUCUUGAUGCUGCAAUAGAAGACGAGCUUCGCAUUCGUCAGCUACAAGUGGUUGAUGCUACAAGGGCUUCCCUUGGAUUGCCGGUUGUCGAAUAUAUUGUCACCGAUGCCCCUUUGCAGGUGGAAAAAUGGGUUGAUCUAAAGACUGGGCAAUCGACAGGGAGGAUAAAAGGCUCUGAUUCGUUAUUGAGGGCUGUACAUACGCUAAUUAACAGAUCAUCAGUGAAUGCCAUUGCAGUUGUGGCACGGUUUCCAGAUGAUGAUAUUCAAGAUGUGGAUGAUUAUCGGCAAGGAAUGGGAAUAGAUGUUUUGGCUGGGGUGGAAGCAAUUAUAAGCCAUCUAGUUGUGAAGGAAUUCCAAAUUCCUUGUGCGCAUGCUCCUGCUCUUUCUCCCCUUCCUCUAAGCAAGUCACUCUGUCCAAAAUCAGCUGCUGAAGAGAUAGGAUACACAUUCUUGCCAUGUGUGCUCGCUGGGCUGAGUAAUGCACCACAGUAUAUAGUGAAGAGCUCUGGUUCCUUAGAAAUGGGUUGCAUAUUGGCAAGUGAUGUAGACAGUGUCAUUCUUCCAGCAGAUGCUUGUGGCGGGGAUGGUGUUCUUGCAUUUGCGAAAUAUCAACAGAACAAGCCACUUAUAAUUACCGUGGAGGAGAAUGAAACAGUUCUCCACGAUACACCAGACAAAUUUGGAAUUGAAGCGGUCAAGGUCUCAAACUAUUGGGAAGCUAUAGGUGUUAUUGCAGCUCAUAAGGCAGGAAUAGACCCAAAUUCCCUCCGCAGAAACCAAAUUAGUAAUAUACAACUCACUCCUGCCAAUGGUUAUGCAGUUUCAAGUGGCAGAUCUUCUGUUGAUUAAGAAAUCUGCAGCUUCUUUCAAUUUCUUGGAUUUGAACAGGACAGAUGAAACCGUGAUCGAGUCUGAGAGAUUUUGGGUAGCAAAAUUCAGAAAACUUCUGUUGGACAAAUUAGCCAUGUUAAUAUUUUCUUGACAAUCUACUAAUAACUAUAGUAGAAUUUUAUGUUCCCCUCUUGGCAAUCAAAAAAAAAAACCGAAGAAAAACUAGUAACUAAAACAAGUAUUGAGACGA